AUGUCUCUGCAUAUUUUUUCAUCCUCCCCACUACGGACUUUUGCGCCAGCUGUGCAGUCCAUGUGUCGCUUUAAUUCAACAUCUUCCAACGCUACAAAUGCCCUGGAGAGUCUCCUACGACCUUCUAAACCAGGACCCGCUUCCGGAAGAUUGCCGUCGCGGCGAGUAAACCGCCAAAGAUUCAUCGAGGACCAGAGGGCGCAGGCCGACAGUCGAGCUAUAGAGAAAUUCCAAACGCGCGAGUGGAAGGCUGGCGAUAUCUACGCUCCUCAUGACCUCAGUCCUGCCGAGAUGAUGAAGUGGAGGAAGCGCAGUCCUCCGACCACCGACGUCUUUGAUGCCGUCAACCUCAACCCUUUAACAGUCUACAAGAACUUCACCAUCAUGUCCGAAUACAUGACCGAGAUGGGCCGCAUAAAACACAGGAAUCUGACCGGGCUACGUGGUGUGAACCAACGAAAAAUUGCGAAGGCAAUUCGAAGAGCAAUUGGCGUUGGCCUUAUGCCAAGCGUACAUCGUCACCCAGAGAUCCUCGCUGAGCUCAAAUGGAAGUCGGAAGGCGGCGGUGGUUUCUAA